GCUUUACAUAUUGCCGUUUAAGCAUACAAGGGGUGAGACAGAUUGCAGAAAAAGUACUGAGAUAGAUUCUACUAUUCUGCAAAAAUGUCAGCCAAGAGUAUGAGAUAUGAAGGGAUCCUUUUUCCAGAAAAUUCAACAGAUGACGCUCAUCUACUCUUCUUGCGGAAUGAGUUUCAGGUCAAAGAUGAUGAUAUCUUCAAUGUCACCUUCCCUAAAUCAGGAACUACCUGGAUGCUUGAAAUUCUAAGCCUAAUACAAAAAAAUGGGGACCCCACUUGGAGCAAUACUGUACCAAAUUAUGAAAGGGUUCCAUGGAUUGAGGUAAAGGAUCUGUAUGAGAAUUUGGAGAAGUAUCCCUCACAACGGCUUAUCUGUUCUCACCUUCCAAUACAGCUUUUUCCAAAGUCAAUUUACAACUCAAAAGCCAAGAUUAUAUACACAGCUCGAUACCCAAAGGAUGUUGCAGUGUCUUUAUACUAUUUUUACAAAAUAUCAAAAUUUCUUGAGGAGCCUGAAAACUUUACAGAAACCCUAGAACUAUUUUUGAAGGGAGAAGUUAUCUACGGGUCCUGGUUUGACCAUAUCAAAGGAUGGAUGGAAGUGAAAAACAAACUUAAUGUUUUCUUCAUUACAUAUGAGGAGCUGUUGAAGGACCCACGCGGAUCAGUCGUGAAGAUCUGCCAGUUCUUGGGGAAGGAACUAGAUACUGCAGCCAUUGAUUCUGUUGUCCGCAACACCACCUUCAUGGCCAUGGCAGAAAACAAAAUGUCCAACUUCAUGCUUCUGCCACAGACUAUAAUGGACCAAAGCACAUGCAGAUUUAUGAGGAAAGGCAUUUCUGGUGAUUGGAAGAACCAUUUCACAGUGGCACAAAGUGAACAUUUUGAUGAUGUUUAUCAAGAAAGAAUGAAAGGUAUGAAGAUGAAAUUACCUUGGGAGUAGCACUGCACUGCACACUUCUGGUUCUAUAGCCACAAAACACUGAUAUUUGCAUACGUUCAUGGUGCAUUCAGUAUUCUUUGCUGCUCUAAAUGGAAACUUACACCUGGAUCUGACCACUUUGGAAAUAAUUUAGCUGAAUUUUGUCAAGUUCCUGAAGUAAACUGUGGCUGCUCCACAAAUACACCAUCAGACCACAGUACUGUCCCUCCAAUGUGGAAAAAGAAAGAGAGAAAAAUAAAUGUUGUCAAUACCAGCACUUCAUUUUUUUACUUAAAAUUUAGUGCAAUCAGGAUGAUGCAUCUUUUCUAUGAACUAAACAUGCUUUUGUCAAUCAUAAAUGCAUUAGAUGGACUGUGAAACGUAAAGAUAUAUGAAAUAAAAUAAAUCAAAAGAAAGGUACAUAACACAAGAAUGGAGUUGUAUAGCAGAUGAUGUAUAUGAUCUCAUAAGGGGGGGGGUACGGAAAAUUCUGAAUACAGUGUUGAGUGAAAUACAGGUGAAAUAGUAUGAUGAUUUACAGGAGUCUAUAACUUCCUGUACGAGUUGUUGUUUUCUGUAUGUUGUUAAAACAUUUGUAUAAAAAUGAUGAUACUGUUUAUUUCUGCCUGAUGCACCACCAUUAUGCAUACUGGUAUACUUAAAGAGAGUCCAGUGUUCAUGCUUCCAGACAUCUGCCAUUUAUUGGCUGCCGUAAACUAGAACACAUGCAAUGCUUGAAACAAGCAUUGGCCGCAGUCAGCUAGAAGACAGAAAAUACUUUAAGAUGUUUGAUAGCACAUUUCACAAACAAUUUGUUUAUUAUUAAUUUUAGAAACACAUGAGUAUUAGGAAAAACAAAGAGGCAUAACAAAAACAUGGUAUGUCCUGUUUACCAAGUACUACUUCACCUACAGAACAUAUUUUACUGCCUUACAUUACAGGUUUGUGCCCAUGAUGUGCAACUUUUCUCUAACUUGCAUUCUGCAGACACAUUGGUUAUUUUAACCCAGUCAGCAUUGACCAUAUUCAAGCAGGUUCUAUGUCUGUAACUGGCUCUACAGUAAGGUUUCCAUCUCCACAAUGUUUUGGUAUAUUCACAUGACAGCUUUUUUCUUAAGUAUCUUAAUUAAAUUAUCACAUUUUCAGUUGC